AAGUGGAAAUCCGCGAAGCCAAACACAAACAGAUACUUUUAUGACCCCGGAGGACUCGGCUGCGCAAACCCUAACCCUGGGAAGCUCAGAGAGAUGGCGAAAUCAAUCAGAUCCAAGAGAGAGAAGAGGCUAAGAGCGUUGCGGAGAGAUAUUGUCCAACCCUUCUACGACAACAAGGAUGCAGCAAAGAUCGCCGCCCAAGAAGCCGCUCUUGCCGCCCCCAAGCUCGCCACACGUUCCGCCGAUAAUAGCAGCGGCACCACCGCCAUGGACAUGACCGCCUCCGCUGCUUCUUCCACCAGCGCCACCAUGGAUGUGGAGAUGACGGAGGGCAAUCAGAACCUUAAACCUAGAGGAGGAAUUGGGAAGAAGAAGAUGAAGAAAAUCAAGAUAGCUAGAAGAAAAAAUCGUGGUAAGGGCAAGAUCAGGAGAAAGCAUGUUUAACUGAGUACAACACUUUGAUUGAUGUCAGCUUGUUUUGUGUCAACUGUUUCAUGUCUUGGUUUUAUUAUAAUGCUAUAUUAAUGAUGAUUCCAGUAUUAGUUUAUUGGUUAA